AUGGAGCGGGCUCCAAACCUGCUUCUCCUCUGCAUCUUCACCUUUGCCAUGGUCCUGGUCCCCGAAGCGAAGGACCAAAGCAAGGCAGCAAAGGGCAGGAGAAGGGGCCUGGCACGGCUCCCCACGGCCACACCUGCCCUCGCCUGGGCCCCAGAUGACCCUUACACUACCAUGGCAGACUACGAGCGCAGCAUCCAGGACAUGGUGCGCCAGCUGAGGAACAGCUCUGAGCCGAGUGACAACAAGUGCCAGGUCAACCUGAGGCUCUGGAGAUCCAACAGGAGGAGCAUGUCCCCCUGGGCCUACAGUAUAAACCACGAUGCAACACGGAUCCCAGCAGACAUCCCUGAGGCUCGAUGUCUCUGCACUGGCUGCAUCAAUCCCUUCACGAUGCAGGAGGACCGCACUAUGGUCAGCAUUCCCAUCUACAGCCGGCUGCCUGUCCGUCGGCUGCUCUGCCAGGUGCCUGGCGAAGUGAAGAAGAAGUGUCAGAAGAAGUACCAGAUGGUCAUGGAGACCAUUGCUGUAGGCUGCACCUGCAUCUUCUGA